UGUUUACAGUGCGGAGUCUGGAGGAAGAAAGGGGGUGUGCGCAUGCGUAGAAAGAGAGAGAGAAGCUCAGGGAGCUGUCCAGUGCUGGUGGUGCUGUUCAUCCUGGUCGAGUGCGAGUGUGAGAGUAUGCAUGUAUAAUAGAUUGAGAUAGAGAGUGUGUGUGAGUGUGUGUGUGUGUGUGUGUGUGUGUGUGUGUGAGUGUGUGAGGUUUUUUAUGGACGCCAUGGACGAUGAACUGAAGUGUCCAGUAUGCGGGUCGUUUUUCAAGGAGCCGAUCAUCCUGCCGUGUUCGCACAACGUGUGUCUGGCGUGUGCACGGAACAUCACGGUGCAGACGCCGGAGGGUGAAGCUCACCCCGGUCAUCAUCAUGCUCUUCAUCCUCAUGUACCGGGGAGCCGCGUUUCUGCGGGUUCGGACUACGACUACACGGAGACGGACAAGCUGAGCGAGACGGACAGUGGUUACGGCUCGUACACGCCGUGCGCCAAGUCGCCGAGCGGCGUGCGCGUCUUUCCGCCGAUUCCGGCCGCGGCGCCGCGCCACCGCUCCGUCACUUGCCCGCAGUGCCACCGCGGCGCCACGCUGGGCGAGCGCGGCGUGCGCGGCUUCCCUCGCAACCGCCUGCUCGAGGCCGUGGUGGCGCGGUGCCGUGGUGCCGCGCCCGCCAAGUGCCAGCUGUGCGACCGCAGCCCGGCCGCCGACGCCGCGGUCGUGUGCGAGCAGUGCGACGUCACGUACUGCGCGCCGUGCCAGCAGCGGUGCCACCCGGCGCGCGGCCCUCUCGCCAAGCACCGGCUCGUCGCGCCCGCCGCCGCCGCUGCAUCCGCGCAAUCAACCGGCGCCUCCACCGCGACCACCACCACCACCGUGUGCCCCGAGCACGACGCGCACACCACCACCGGCUACUGCGUCACCUGCAAAACCCCCGUGUGCUACCUGUGCAUGGACGAAGCCAGGCACGGCAAACAUGACGUUAAGCCCAUCGCGGCCAUGUGGAAGCAGCACAAGUGCCAGUUGUCUCAGGCCUUGAAUGGCGUGUCCGAUAAAGCCAAAGAGGCCAAGGAGUUCCUGGUGCAGCUGAAGAACCUGCUCCAACAGAUCCAGGAGAACGGCGUGGAGUUCGAAGCAUGUCUGGUGGCCCAGUGUGACGCCCUGAUUGAAGCUCUCACUCGGCAGAAAGCCAAGCUGCUUACCAAGGUCACGAAGGAGAAAGAGAGCAAGCUGAAGACGGUGAGAGACCAGAUCACACACUGCACUAUGAAGCUGAGACAGACCACCGGCAUGAUGGAGUUCUGCCUGGAGCUCAUCAAGGAGAACGACCCGAGCGGCUUCCUACUGAUCUCGGACGCGUUGAUUAAGCGUGUCCAGCUCUCUCAGGAUCAGUGGGUUAAAGGCGCUUUGGAGCCAAAGGUUUGCCCCGAGUUCAACCUGAGCAUCAACACUGAUCCUCUGAUGCAGGUCAUUCUACAACUGGACUUUCUCCAAGCCCGGGAUUCUCACACUCAGGAGUCUGCGUUACCGAGACACAAACUCACAGGCGUCCCAAAAGAGACGCAAAGUGCCGGAGCCGAGAACCCCGGAGUCCCUCCUGCUCCUUUUCUUGAGCUGGAGAAGUGCUGUCUACGGAAUAACAGCGCCACCCUGGCCUGGAUGUUAACUACAGCUCAGCCGCUACCUGUGCAGGGUUACAUCCUGGAGCUGGACGAUGGAAAUGGUGGACAAUAUCGGGAGGUGUACAUGGGGAAGGAAACGGUGUGUACGGUGGAUGGUCUUCACUUUAACAGCUCCUACAAUGCUCGGGUCAAAGCCUACAACUCCAUCGGAGUCGGGGCUUACAGCAAGACAGUGGUCUUAAAGACGUCGAAUGUUGCCUGGUUCACCUUCGACCCUACCUCAGCGCACAGAGACAUAGUCUUGUCCAAUGAGAACCAGACAGUGAGCUGCAAUAGCUACGAUGACCGCGUGGUGCUCGGAACAGCUGCUUUCUCCAAAGGGGUCCAUUACUGGGAGAUCGGCAUCGAUCGCUACGACAACCACCCCGACCCUGCGUUCGGCGUGGCACGCAUUAACGCGGCGAAGGACGCAAUGCUGGGGAAAGACGAUAAAGCCUGGGCCAUGUAUGUCGACAACAACCGCUCGUGGUUCAUGCAUAACAACUCGCAUACCAACAGGGCCGAAGGCGGUAUAACCAAAGGGUCUACUGUUGGUGUUCUGCUGGACCUGAUGAAACACACCCUCACAUUUUUCAUUAACAAAGAACAACAUGGGCCUGUGGCCUUUGAGAACAUGGAGGGGGUGUUUAUGCCUGCGGUUAGCCUCAACCGCAACGUACAGGUGACCUUAAUCACAGGCUUAGAAGUACCAAAGAACAUCAAAUAACAACCUCUGAACCUGUGAGCUCAAGGUACAUCCGGGUUAUGUCUGGUUCCUUUUCUUCAUGGGGCAAAGCCACAGUUCGAUGCCAUUUGGUUGGAGAUCAAAGAGGACUUAAUAUAUUUUUUCCCCACAUUCUUAA